AUGUUCCUGUCACAACGAAAGAAGAAGCUAUCAUGGUUUAUUACAUGUAUUGUAGCAACUCUGUGCCCUGUCAGCGCUGUUGUCCCGGUCGUUGAAUUCCCCGCACGAGAUCCCGAUGUUGUCGUGGACAAGGAACUCGAUUGUGGGAUGCGUCAGUUGUUCUGGGAAAAGGCACAAGCGGCAGUUCCAUGGCGCCAAGACAAUCAAGACAUUAAAGAUGCUUUGCAACUAUGCAGUAGUAGUAGUGACAAUGCCAUUUCGAAUUCGAAGCAGAGCAAAGUCUCGAGUGCUGCUGACACGCAGCAAAAGAGAAGGCUGAAGAAGCAAGAUCUCUAUGGCGUCCAGAUCCAUGUCUGUCCCAAGCAUGGACGAGACGGUCAUCAGGAGGGAAAUCAAACUCACCCUUUUCAGACGUUGCAUCGGGCAGUGGAAGCGAUUCGAACGCAUCGACAAACGACAAAGACGACAGACGACAAAACCAAUCAUAAUCAAGCACUCAUCAUUCUACGCCAAGGAAUUCACUUUUUGAAAAAGACACUUGUGUUGACACAGAAAGAUUCCAAUAUUACCAUUCGUGGCCAUCCAGAAGGAACAUGGAUAUCGGGAGGCACAUUGAUACCCUCCAAGUUGUCGGGUUGGCACCCACAACAAGACAACAGCAACGACAAUACCACUAUUUGGGUGGCCGAUUCCGUGCCAUCCUCUAUUACCGCCAUUACGGGUCUCUUUACCGUCAUCCCAUACGCGACUCACAUUGGCCCGCUAUCCCAAUGCCAAUGUCGAAGUUGGAAUGCCCCCAUCGAUACGAACGAUUGA